GCCCCCGCUCCCGCAGCUUUCCAUGUGGCACCCAUGAAGAUGAGGCUGAGGACACGGAAAGCUUCCCAGCAAUCCAACCAGCUGCACACGCAGCGCGCGCUGCGGGCCAAGCGGAAACACUCGGAGGUGGAGGAGCCCUUACCUGGCGGCGGGGGAAAACCACCCAAAAAUGACACAGGCCUCUUGUCCUCGAUCAAAAAGUUCAUUAAAGGAAGCACACCCAAGGAAGAAAGAGAAAAUCCCAGCAAGAGGAGUCGGAUUGAGCGGGACAUCGAUAACAACUUGAUCACCUCCACCCCCCAGACAGGGGAGAAGCCCAACAAACAGAUCUCGAGAGUGAGGAGGAAAAGUCAGAUCAAUGGAGAAGCUGGAAGUUACGAGAUGACAAACCAACACGUAAAACAAAAUGGGAAAUUGGAAGAUAACCCUACCACAGGCAGUCCCCCACGAACAACGUUACUGGGAACCAUAUUUUCUCCUGUUUUCAAUUUUUUUUCACCAGCAAAUAAAAAUGGAACAUCUGGCUCUGACUCCCCGGGCCAGGCAGUGGAGGCUGAGGAGAUCGUGAAGCAGCUGGACAUGGAGCAGGUGGAUGAGAUCACCACGAGCACGGCCACCUCCACCAAUGGUGCAGCCUUCCCUGGCCAGGGCACCCAGCUCAGGGCUGUCAACAACGGCCUGGGGGACAGCGAGGAGCCAGGGGACCGGGACCUGCCCCCGCUCACGGCACCAGUAUCUCCAGACAGUGGCUACUCAUCAGCUCAUGCAGAAGCCACCUAUGAAGAGGACUGGGAAGUCUUUGAUCCGUACUAUUUCAUCAAACAUGUCCCCCCACUAACAGAAGAGCAGCUGAACAGGAAGCCAGCUCUCCCACUGAAAACCAGAAGCACACCAGAGUUCUCAUUAGUUCUAGACUUGGAUGAAACAUUAGUGCACUGUAGUCUAAACGAAUUAGAAGAUGCUGCACUCACUUUUCCAGUUCUUUUUCAAGAUGUCAUUUACCAGGUGUACGUCAGGCUAAGGCCGUUCUUCCGAGAGUUCCUGGAGAGGAUGUCUCAGAUCUAUGAGAUCAUUCUGUUUACUGCUUCUAAGAAGGUGUAUGCAGACAAGUUAUUGAACAUCCUGGACCCCAAAAAGCAGCUGGUCAGGCAUCGACUCUUCCGUGAGCAUUGUGUGUGUGUACAAGGGAAUUACAUCAAGGAUUUGAACAUCCUGGGCAGAGACCUCUCCAAAACCAUCAUCAUUGACAAUUCACCACAAGCCUUUGCUUACCAGCUUUCCAAUGGAAUUCCUAUAGAAAGCUGGUUCAUGGAUAAAAAUGAUAAUGAACUCCUAAAGUUGAUUCCAUUUCUGGAGAAACUCGUAGAGCUGAACGAAGACGUCCGACCUCACAUCAGAGACAGAUUUCGCUUGCAUGAUUUGCUACCCCCCGAUUAAAGCCUUUGCUCUCACUGCCGAGGGGAGGAAAUGCAGGACCCUGUUGGACUAAUACAAAACAUUGCCAUUACUGUUGAAAUUUUUGCAUUUUUGUACCCCGUCUUGCUUUUCUUAUCUUUGGUGCCCAACAAUGAUCAAGGGUUACAGAAAGAGACUUUCUACACCUGAGGUUGCCGCCAUCAGUACAAUCCAGUACCCGCAGUAGGGAGGCUAGAACAGAAAAGUCUUUAGAACUAGUGCAACUCCAAGGAAAUUUUUUAUGUACAGGACAUCUGCAGUUUAUAAAGAAAAUUCUGUUUCUGCCACCAGCAGUCUGACCUGUAGAAACACAGGAUUUUAUGAUACAACAGAGAUUGAAAAUGGACUCGGAUUUUCUCUCUGUUCGGUGCUCUAAGUGGGUUUGUAGCCACUUUUCUGUUACUUUUAAUAUUCUCAUUUCAACAGGAAUGGCCAGUAAAAGUUGUUUUAUUUUUCCUGUUAAGGUUUAUAACCUUUUUACAUUUUUGACCUGUAUUAGAUUAGGAUUUCAUUAUGCAUUCCUUUUAGUUGAGACGCUUCAUAGCUUUUCUGGAAAUAGCCAAAUUUUGUUAGUUUUUUUAUUAAACAGUUGGCUGGCCGUUUCCCUGCUUUGUCCGCCUGCAUCCUGUAUAUUUGUUUAAAAAUAUUCUCUAGUUUUAGCCCACGUAAGUUUCAUUUAGAAAGAAAAAAAAACAACAAAAAAAAAAAAAAACAACCCUGCAUUUAUAUUUUCUUUCUGUAAUAUUCUACUGUAGUCGAAACCUUUUCAAAGAAACCAAGAGACUGGCUAGAUAAGACGAAGAUAAGAAUGACUAAUAUUGGGAAUAUCCUAAACCAUUGCGAUGGCACGUCCUCUGGACAGAGCACAGCUGGCAGUGGCACCACGAUGGACAAGGAAUACCUCACCCUCUGCUGUGCCCAGGGCAGGACACAGAGCAUGCUCACCUGGGCAGGUGUGCCCAGGGCAGGACACAGAGCGUGCUCACCUGGGCAGGUGUGCCCAGGGCAGGACACAGAGCG